UAUUAUUUAGUUUUGGUCGCAGUUGAUCAUUUAUCACUUUUUUUUUUGUUAUGCUGAGAUUGGUCGACGCUCACGUCCAUCUUGCGUACCCUGAUUUCGCGCACGACGCGGCCAGCGUGGUGGAGCGCGCCAAAGCACACGGCGUCGCCGCUGCUCUCUGCGUCUCUGUCAAUCACCACGAUGCACCCAGAGUGCUCGAGUUGGCUGCGGCGCAUCCCGAGUUUGCCGCGCCAUGUCUGGGAAUCCACCCGGUGCAGCACGAAGAGAGCGGCGUGCCACGCCCAGUCCGACCCGAAGAGACCGCCGCCAUGAUGGUGCUGCUCGAGAAGCACGCUGAUGUGCUUGUUGCUGUGGGUGAGAUUGGGCUCGAUUACAGUCCUUGGAUUCUGCGUGGCGAGGACUAUCGCCUCAAAAAGCUCGAACCGACUGCCGAAAUUGUCACCGUCGAGUCGUCGACUGCCGCAAGUGCUGAUCCCAACGAGCGGGAGCGUAUUGCCAAGGCCAACCAGAUUGCCGCCUUUCGAGAGCAAGUUUUGUUUGCCAAGGCCCAUGGUUUGCCCGUGAAUGUGCAUUCCCGCAACGCCGGCAAGUACGUCGUCGAGAUGCUGGCCGAAUUGCAGGCGGACAAGGUCUUGCUCCAUGCAUUUGACGGAUCUGCGGCCGUGGCCAAGCGCGCUGUUGCCCUGGGCUACUGCUUUUCCGUUCCACCAAACGUGGUUCGCUCUCCUCACUUUCAGCAGGUUGUCGCGACCAUCCCCAUCGAGAACUUGCUUCUUGAGACCGAUGCUCCAGCGCUGGCACCACUGCCAAAGCCUGCUGCAGCUGCAGGUGCCGACGCAAGUGCUGGAGACUGCUGCGGCGCGCCUGCCAGCUCGAGUCAAGCAGACAAUGUCAAAGCCGAAGAAGCUGUCGCGAGCCAGAGCGGCAGUUCUCCAGCUACCGCUACUACCACAGCCACAUCCUCUUCGUCGUCCUCGUUAGCGUCGUCAUCGAAGGGGAAAGGCAGUUCGAGUGGCAAAGCGUCCAGUAAGGCUUCCAAGGCUUCAGCCGCACCGCCGUUGGCCUUUGACGAUUUGGUGCCACCAGUACCAGACCCUGCCCGAAACGAACCCGCCAAUGUGUAUUUAUCUGCACAGGCGGUUGCUCGCAUCAAGAACAUCCCGGUGGAGGAGGUCGUCCGCAUUACCACCGCCAACGCCAUUCGAAUCUUCCCAAAGCUCGCCCGUCUUCUGGCGUAGGCGCGUCUGUCUGUCGGCACGCUUUGAGUGAGCUGUUUCUCGAU